AUGUGCUGGGCCCAAACCGCUGGCGAAGUCGGCCGUUAUACCGCAAAUACUGGGCUGAAUCUAAGACGAACCUCCAUUUCCAACGUUAAAACCAGAAAGCCUGGUGCUGCUGCAGUUUGAAGCAAUAUUUUUGCCAUGGCACCAUUGUUGAAAUGGGCGAGAGCCCUUCUACAGCGGACCCCGUCGCCACCUUUACGAUUUCCGAUGACCGGGUUCGCCCUUUGUGCCCGCAAAUCAAGUGCUCGAAGAAGAGAUGUUUGACGUAUUCAAAGCUGGCAACUACUGUCCCGUCAACAUUGGAGAUCUCUUUUCCUCCAAGUACCAAGUCGUCGGCAAGCUGGGCUUUGGGUCCACCUCGACUGUUUGGCUCGCGCGAAAUCUGCAAGAACACGAUUUUACAUGCCGGGACGAGUUCCACACUUACCAGGCCAUCGACAAGGCGGAUCCGUUGCAUUCCGGACAUCGGCACGUGAGAACCGCCCUUGAAAUCCCAGACAUCAAGGCCGACAACAUGCUACACGCCAUUGUCGACGAGGGAAUCCUCCAAGCCUUGUUCGAGGAGGAGCUCAGGACGCCCUCGGCCCGCAAGUACGACUUCGGGAGGAUCAUACUCAGCGACUUCGGCGCCGCUGUCAGGGGCGACGUGAAGCGCAAUCACGGCGCGCAGCCCAACGUGUACCGCUCGCCCGAGGUCAUGCUCGGCGCCCCGUGGAGCUACCCUGCCGACAUCUGGAAUGUCCGGGCCAUGAUCUGGGACGUCUUCGAGGACGGCCACUUGUUCCACUGCCAGGAUCCGAACGGCCAGGGAUAUACCACGCGAGCGCACCUCGCCGAAGUUCGCGGGGUCCGGAGCAGGGAGUUCUUCUCGGGAGACGGGCAAUGGAUUGCGGAUAAGGCUGAGCGCGUCCUCCGCGGAAGGAACAAAGCCAUGUUCUUGGACUUCGUGAGGGGGAUGCUGACUUGGCGACCUGAGGAUCGCAAGACGGCACGAGAGCUUCUCGAUGACCCGUGGUUGAACACCUGGGAGAUACCGGAAUAG